CAUCUCAGCACCUGAAAUAAACAUGUCAACAAAUUUGGUUUUAUUUAGCUUGUAGUUUUUAAGUGUUUCUUGUAAAUUUGUAAGUGUUUUACAUGUUCCUUGUGGCAAGAAGUGUGGCCCCAAUAAACUCGGGGACAAGAAGUCAUUUUGGAUUCAAUUACGAUAAACAGGGGAGGGAUUGGAACGUAAAGGGCUGUCAAAGACAAUCGCCCAUUGCGCUGUGGUCCUGUAAUACCAUUGCGUGUGAUGUGCCCAAGCUGAAGUUUGUGAACUAUCAUAAAAGCCUGUGUGAUCCUUUGUCCGUGAUCAACAAUGGAUUGACCGUCCUUAUGCGGAUCCCCAAGACCGUCGACGGGAAUCGACCAUCCCUUUGUAUCAGCACCGAAGGACAACAGGUCUUCGAAGCCGACCAGUUGCACUUUCAUUGGGGCUCCGCUCUGAGCAAGGGAUCGGAGCACAGCUUGGAUGGGAACUAUUACGAUGGGGAGAUGCACAUCGUGCACAAGAAUGCCACUUACCAAACCAACAAGGAGGCUGGUCUGCAUCCCAAUGGCUUUGCGGUUUUGGCCUUGUUCAUAAGGCAUCUUGAGUAUCCGAACAUCGAGACGCCCGCUAUGAACAUGAUCUGUAAACAGGUCUCCAGCAUAAGAAAGUUGGACGAUUCGUGUCCUCUGGAGGACAGCAUGGCUAUGCAGGAUCUGUUUGCUAGCAUAGACAGCCAAAAAUACUUAACCUACCAAGGUUCACUUACCACUCCUCCCUGCGCAGAGGCAGUCAUCUGGUUUGUUUUCCAGACUCCCCUUGAUGUUCCCAAGGAGCUGUGGCAGAACUUUUGGCAACUGAGGGACUCUCGUGACCAGCGGGUGCUUAACACCUAUCGGGAACUACAAGAUGACCAUAGCCGACCAGUUUAUAGAAGUAAAGGAAACCCCAAAGAUCCGGAAUUGCAUUUUCUAUCUGCGUAGCCAGAAUUCAACUGGUGUCGCACAAAUGUAAUCCACUUCUAAAUUGGUACACAACAUGAAGCGCCUUACCGAGCGAGUGCAUCACGAGGAG